AGCCACAACAACCAGGAACAGGAAUCCAAACUUUAGUCAACGAGUGAAUCUCACUAAGCAGAGACGCGUCGAUGUAGAGUGGGAGUGAAAGCCAGUAUUUCGGGGAAAGUACCGUAGGAGUUUGUCUUGAGAGAAGACAACAUAUUUUCAUUCUAUUCUGUCCGCCUCCCGUGUUCAGAAGCUAGUUAAAAUGACGCUUCGUGUAGUUUUCGUGCUCGUGCCCAUCUUCUGGGCUCUCGCUAUCGCUACAGACGCCACGAACAGCUCCACAACUGCGAGCGCGCCCGACAAACCUGUCGUCAUCUCAAAACCGACUAACAACAGUGUGGUCGCCCCCGAUGGAUCGCACAAAGACACGGGCACCAACACCACUGCGACGCCCCAAAACAAAGUCAAAGGGCAUUUCGACACGGACAGCUCGAUGAUCCAAAGAGCUCUCUACGUACUUAUCGGAAUCACCGUCAUUGGAGUUCUGUAUUUCCUCGUCAGAGCUGUUAGGCUGAAGAAAACUAGUGUUUCACAACGGAAGAAGAAAUAUGGGCUCCUGGCGAAUCAUGACGACGAUGAUGAUGAAGAUGAUGAUGACAUUGUGUACGAGUCCAGAUCUUUGAGGAGAUGAGACUGCCAUCCCAAGAUAAGGAACACGACUGCCGAAAAUCUGAAGAAGUUCGCAAUGAUGUGGAUUUGGAGUUUGUCCCUCUGGUGGGAUAAUUGGGACCUUGUGUUGAGAUGAACUGAAAUUUGUUGACCAAAUUGUACGCGUUCUGUGAGAAGCAGAGUUAUAAUUAAGAAAUUCAGAUGACCAAUCAAGAUGUCUGUUUGCUCUCAGUGCCAAAGUUGCAAUCUUAAUAUUCCCCGUCGAGACCCAGGUGGUGUUCCAAGGACGUGGGUAAGUAACAAGCGAUUAAUGGAGUAUGUGGUAAACCUCUGUAAAGAAGAACCCCAUGACUUCACUAUCACAGCAAAACAAACCCAUGGGGUGCAUCUAUUAGGCGGUGUUAGUACUCCGAGUUAAUUUAGCUGAGCUUGUAGCUAAUACAGGUUCCUCAAACUCCUCCCUGGUCCAACCUGAUCUCCGUUCCCCUCUGUAGAGUUGUGCUGUUAUUAAAGCCACCUGGCAUAUGGUGUUUGAACAGUCAUACAUUAUUCUGUUCAGAUCUCUGUUUUGACAUUUUAUAUAUUUUUUUGUUUCAUCAUUAUUAUUAUUAUUAUUAUUAUUAUUCUAUGUUGAGGUUGAGUGUUUCAUUUUCUGAUUUGUAUGAUUUUUUUUUAGCUCAAUGUAAGUGCCUUUCCGAGGUUCAAGCCAAUCACAGAGUGUCCUGUCGGAUCCUCUCUAAUGUUGAAGUGUACUUCCUCACAAACACACGCUGUGAGUGCUGGUGUCUGAGGCCAGCUGUGUCCCGCUCCCUUCGUGCCAUAAUGCCUCAUUUUAUUCUGUUUAAUCUGGCUGUUGUCGAAGGUCGUGUUUCCUGUGCUGUUAAUCAUUCCCCAGCAGCCAUCUUCCUUUGCUUUGAGUCAGCGUUGGUCUGACGUGGCCGGCUUAUUUCACCACGUUGCAGAUCUGCUGUCAGUGUCCCCAUACAGGUGAACCCUGGGGGGGGACUCAGUGCACUUCUACAACUACGCUUGAUAGGGACUAUCUGUUUAUCAUCCUUUUUGGUUGACCCUUCAAGAUUGUUAUGCAUUGACGUAACCAAAGAUAUUUAUGAAGCUGUUCUACAUUGUGUAAUAUUCGGCAAUGCUGUGAACUGCUGAUAUCAGCCCUUGUUGUCAGCAGUUUGCAUUUGUCCGCGAUGCAAACUCCCCGUUAUUCUCCCGCUGGGAAAAGGAAAGUGCAGAAGGGGAGACCGAGCCCGCUUUACUCCGUAACUGCAGCGUAAUAGUAAUUAAAAGUCUGUAACUCCAGUGUAAUUGUAAAUGUAAGUGCCUCCAUCGCGUGCAUGCCACCACUGGUGCCAUGUCGUUAGCUUUAUUGCCCCAAGAGCUGGAGAUGUUCCUCAGGUGGAGGCGCCAAUAGGGUGGAGCAGGCCAAUAUUACCCCCACACUGCACGGGCUGAACACCAUCUGUCGAUCGAGCCAGACGGAGUGGAGAGUUCUCCCACUCUUCACAGCUCACUUGAGACCAAAGCGGGCCGUUUAGCAGCCCAGGCCCGGCCCAGCUAAGGAAGAACUCCAGACUACACACACUAGCACGCUCACACACACACACACUCAAGGGCCCAGUGCCCCGGCAGCCUACAGGUUUGCCAGGACCCCAACAUUUAUACGGUUUCUUUUCUCCAAAGAUUCUUUCUUUUUCUCCUAGAAAUUGUUUUCCUGUUUAAAUCUGUUGCUCUGCUUCCAUUCCUGCUGUCGUGGUGCUGCUGUGGGAAGUGCCCGUCUCCGGGUGCCUGUCUCCAGGCGUGUUUUCACUUGACGGCUUUAUUUUCAUUCCAUUGCACAUUCCUCAGCGUGUGAGACGAUGUUCGUCAUGUUCAGCUGAUGUUGAUGCUGUCCUCUCUCCUCCUCAGCUCAUGAGUUCACUUGUACUGUGUUUCAUAUUUUAGAUUAUAGCUUAAUGCUUAUGCACAUGGACACUGUAAGUGUGUGGCACAGGGUACUCUAUAGGGGCCAUUACUGUGCGGUUAUGUGUGGUGGGCGCGUAUGUGGCAUAGGGUAUUCCAUAGGGGCCGAUACUGUGUGCUUAUGUGUGUUGGGCGGGUGGUUUGGUUUGUGUUCUUUAAGGCCAGGGGGCGUCAUCUAUACAUCUCUUCUGUACAUCUUUACAUAACCAGCUCUCUGCUGAUAUCUGACAAUCUGCACCUUGGGCUGCUGCUGUGGGGGAUAGCUGAACUGCUCCACACUCACACACAGGAUCCUGUGAUGUCAUGACUGCAUAUGUUUAGGGGGUCAAAGUUCACUUUAUCUUAAGUUUAUCUUUUAAAGGAGUUUUGUUUUCAAGGGGAGGGCUGGAAGAAACGGGUCUAAGUCUGUUAGCUUUCACAGCUGUGUGUGUGUGUGCGUGUGUGUGUGUGUACGUGUACGUGUGUACAUGUGUGCAUUGUGAGACAGACCCAGUUUGUAAAACUGCUGAAAUGCAAUAAAGAAUGUGUGAAUUUGCCACAAA